AUGAUUAUUAAGUCCAAAUCUUCUUUUUUUCUCACUACCUUCUUUCUCGUUCACUAUCUCUCUCUCUCUCUCUCUCUCUCUCUCUCUCUCUCUCUCACACACACACAUGCACACACAAACACAGACACUUUCGACCCCCCCCCCCCACAAUCUCUGUUCGGUGAAAGUAUUGCUCUUUUUCGCUUUAUUUCUCUCUUUCUCUUAUCUUUUUAUUCACUUUUUUUCUUUCGUUCUUUCUUUUUUACUCCUUUCUAUCUAUUUUUUACACUGCCUUUUUCUUUCUAUAUAUUUUCUCCCUCGUGCACGCUUUCUUUGUUUUCUCUUUCUUCCACUCUUUUUCGUUUUUUUCUAUCUUGUUUGCCCUCUCUUUCUUUCUAUACAUAUAUUGUCUCUUUCUCUCUCUCUCUCUCUUUCUCUCUCUGUCUCUCUCUCUCUGUCACACACACAGAGUUUUCUUUCUUUGUUUUUCCCUUCUCUCUUUCUCCCCAUGUCUUUUUAAUUCUAUCUCACACUUUCUUUCUUUCUUUUCUAUCUAUUUCUUUUCUCUCUCUCUCUCUCUCUCUCUCUCUCUCUCUCUCUCUCUCUCUAUCUAUCUAUCUAUCUAUCUGUCUGUCUAUCUCUUCUUAUCUCUCCCUCUCAACAUGUCCUUUUCACUCUCUUUCUCGCAUACGUUUUCUUUUUCUUUUAUAUCUUUCUUUUUACUCUCUCUCUCCCUCUCUCUCUCUCUCUCUCUCUCUCUCUCUCUCCGUAUUUUUUUUCUUUUCUUUCUUUCGUGGAUAUUUUUCUCUCUCCUGUUUUUCUGCUCUCUUUACUGUCUCUAUUUUUCACAUUCUCUGUUCCAUAUAUAUUCAUCUCUCUUUCUCUCUCUCGUUCUAUCUAUCUGUCCUUCUCUUCUCUUCUUUCUCUCUCUCUCUCUCUCUCUCUCUCUCUCUCUCUCUCUCUGCUUCUCUUACUCAAUCAUUCUCUGAUUGCCUUACUCUAUCUCUUUCUGUUUCUCUACUUGUAUGUCUCUUUUUCCUCGGUUUUUCUGUCUGUCUGUGUAUCUCUCUGUCUGUCUGUCUGUCUGUCUGUCUCUCUCUCUCUCUCUCUCUCUCUUGCACUUCGCUUCUCUCUCUCUGUAUUCCUCUGUAA